AUGAAUCGGUUCUCCAGGAAAUCACUCGUCUGGUUCAGGAUUUUUUUGUUUAAAGGGGGCAAUGGAAAGGGCAUCCAUGCUGUGAAUUGGAGAAGUAUUACUGAUAAUAAAUCUGAGGGGGGCUUGGGUCACCGGAAUCUUUCUUUUGCUAAGUCCUCACUUAUGUCUAAGAAUGUUUUCAAAUAUCUGAAUUCGGAUAAUAUUUUCUGGGUCGAUAUUGCUAGCCAUAAAUAUGGACAUUUAAAUUUCUGGGUUAAUUCAAUCCCUGCUAUUUGCUCUUGGAUCUUUCGGGGCAUCUGCAGAACAGCUUCCAAUUUAAAACAUAACCUUUGGAUCAAAUCUUUUAAUCCUGCUCAGACCUCUAUUCUUUUUGAUCCUUGGUUAUUUGAGAUACCUAUUGCAUUUAAACCCACCUACUUAAAUGUCAAUACUGAUCUCAGUGAUACUUGCUUGUCUGAUUUUUUUGUGAAUGAUCUGUGGAAUGUUGAUAAGCUCUAUAUCACUUUUGGUGACUUCCUUGGCCCUUUAGUUCCAAAUAUUUGCAACUUUGAUCUUGCGAACACCAAUUUCUGGGUUUGGAAGCCUCAUUCCUCUAACUUGAAUAUUUCUUCAGCUGUUUAUAAUCAUUUAAAUCACAACCAUGAUUUGGCAUUGGAGUGGCCAGGUUGGAACAAGCUUUGGAAACUCCAUGUUGCUCCGCGCAUCAUGCAUUUUAUUUGGCUCAUGCUUCAUGGUAGAGUCUCUACUACUGAUUUUCUUAAUAGCAUCAACAUUGGCCCCAUAACUUUAUGUGUAUUUUGCCACAUCGAUUGUGAAUCUUCUGAGCACUUAUUUCUUGAAUGUCGGUGUGCUCAGAUGGUUUGGAAUUUGUUGAAUCAUAAGUUGGGCAUUAAUAUUUCUUUCCCUGAUCUUAUUUCUGCCGGUUUCUGGAUCACUGAUUACAAUUACUCAAUUCAUACUAUCUUUGUUAUCGCAACAAGUAUUUGGUACCUGUGGAAAGCUCGUUGUGAGGCCAUCUUUAACAAUAUCAUUCCCAAUUUUACUAACAUUUCAGUUAAAGCUAUCGCCCAUGUCAAGGAUUUUAUGCAGGAAAAUGCGUCUCUUGUGGGACGGAAGCUACUCCUCAACAACUUUUCCACCUCCUCUGGAUCAUUUCUUUUCUUUGCCCACAGAUGGAUUGACAGCAGCAAUAUUGGUAAGUUGGGAUUCUUUAUUUCCUCUCAUACUUACAGAGUAUCUUGUGUAGGUUGCUGCUCUUUCUCUAUGGAUUCGCAUCUUCAAGCUGGUCUCAAAGCUCUCUGCAUUGCUGUUCAAUCUUCUUUGGAUCGGCAGCUGGUCGUUCGGAGUAUUCUUCAUAGCAGCUAUGAUCUACCUCAAUCUUUGAAGAGUGAUCGCAAUCCUGUUGCUUGGCGAGCUGCUCAGGACAUCUCUUCUGUGACUCAUCUUCUCCAACUUGCUGGCAACCCCACUCUGGUAGCUAUUCCUGCUCGCUGGAACGGCCCUGCAUCUGCUCUUGCUUCUGUCGGCAGCAACAACCAUACCCUCAGCCUCUUCCUCUCUGGCCGAGAUUUGCCCAGAUGGCUCAUGGAUCUCUUUUUUUGA